GACCACACCUGAAGAGAGAGACAGAAGGAAAGCAAUCAGCCGACAUUGGUGACAUCCCUCUCACACAUCCUGCAUCUCCCUAAACUUGAUUUCAAAUUUCAACACUUGAGCAUCAGAACCAUGAAAGACUGGCGCUGGAUACCCCUUCAAAGAGUGAUCUGUCCCUCACCAGACUACCCGUCCUCUAAGAUGUCCCAGUCCACCGUUACUGAAGAAGGAGGCACCUUCGAGCACCUGUGGAGCUCCCUGGAGCCAGACAGCACCUACUUUGAGCUCCCCCCAGGCAGCCAGCCGGGUGAGCGCCCGGUGCCUUCUACCAGCACCCCGGGGAGCCACCGCAGCGCCGCAGAGGUCUCCAUGGACGUCUACCAAAUGAGGGACAUGAACGACAACGUGAUGUCCCAAUACAACUUGCUGAGCAGCAGCAUGGAGAGCCUGGGGAGCCGCGCGACGUCCGCCAGCCCCUACAGCUCCGAGAACGCCUCCUCGUCGGCCGUGCCCACCCCCUCGCCCUACUCCCAGCCCAACUCCACCUUCGAGGGCCUGUCGCCUGCCCCGGCCAUCCCCUCCAAUACCGACUACCCCGGACUGCACUCCUUCCAGGUGUCCUUCCAGCAGUCCAGCACCGCCAAGUCCGCCACAUGGACCUACUCUCCCUUGCUGAAGAAGCUCUACUGUCAGAUUGCCAAGACCUGUCCGAUCCAAAUCAAGCUGUCCUCCUCUCCUCCUCAUGGCAGCAUCAUCAGAGCCAUGCCCGUCUACAAGAAGGCGGAGCACGUCACAGAAGUGGUCAAACGCUGCCCCAACCACGAACUGGGACGAGACUUCAACGACGGUCAAGCAGCCCCGGCCAGUCACCUGAUCCGGGUGGAGGGGAAUAACCUCAGUCAGUACGUGGACGAUCCGGUCACCGGCCGGCAGAGCGUCUUCUUGCCGCAUGAGGCUCCACAGGUGGGGACAGAGUUCACCACCAUCCUGUAUAACUUCAUGUGUAACAGCAGCUGUGUUGGCGGCAUGAACAGGAGGCCCAUCCUCAUCAUCAUCACUUUGGAAACCAGGGAUGGUCAAGUGUUGGGCAGAAGGUCGUUUGAAGGUCGGAUAUGUGCGUGUCCCGGCCGAGACCGCAAAGCAGACGAGGACCACUUCAGGGAACAGCAGGCCCUGAACGACAGCGUGGCCAAAAAUGGUUGUGCCAACAAGCGCAACUUCAAACAGAGUCCGACGAAUAUUCCCAGUCCGAAUAUUAACAUGAGGAAGAGGCGGCACGGAGAUGAAGAGAUUUACUAUAUUCCUGUUCGUGGUCGGGAGAACUUUGAGCUGCUGAUGAAGAUUAAAGACAGUCUGGAGCUAGUGGAGCUGGUGCCGCAGCCGCUGGUCGACUCCUACAGACAACAAACACAGCAGCAACUUCUGCAGAGACCGAGCCACAUAGCAUCCCCCACCUCUUACUCUCCACUGUCCAACAUGAACAAGCUUCAUGCCCACGGAGGCCUCAACAAACAGCCCUCAGUCAACCAGCUGGUGGGGCAGCAGCCCCAGCAACACCACACUGCCCCCAACUCCAUAGCUCAUAUGGGUUCAAACAUGCUCAACAGCCACCACAUGCAGGGAAAUGGUGAUAUGAAUGGUGGCCACAGCAGUCAGACUCUAGUGUCUGCCUCCCACUGCAGCCCGCCCCCUCCGUAUAACCCUGACCCCAGCCUCGUCAGUUUUCUAACCAGUGUGGGAUGUCAGAACUUCAUUGAGUACUUCACCUCCCAAGGCCUCCAGUCUCUCUACCACCUCCAGACUCUCUCCAUGGAGGAUUUAGGUGCACUAAAGCUCCCGGAGCAGUACCGCCUCGCCAUCUGGCGAGGUCUGCAGGACAUGAAACAAGUCGCUCCCCUCCAACUGCCCGCCUCUGCUCACCACCACGACUAUCACGGCCAGCAGCUCCUUCGCUCCAGCAGCAACAUGACCGCCUCCGCCAUGGCGGCCAUCGGGGCCGCCAGCGGGGAACACCAACGCCAGCGCGUGAUGGAGGCCGUGCACUUCCGCGUCCGCCACACCAUCACCAUCCCCAACAGGCCGGGUGUCGUUGGGACGUCGGGGAUGGGGCCGGCUACCGAUGAGUGGGCUGACUUUGGUUUCGACAUGCCCGACUGCAAGCUGUCGCGUAGCAAGCACUCCAUCAAGGAGGAGUUCAUGGACAGUGAUGUUCACUGAGCCUGAAGAGAAUCUUUGGACUGUUCAGCAUCAGCCUAUUUACAAAGUAAAAGCAUGUGGAUAGGGUCUUUAAAUGUGCUUUUAGGUGUUGCUGUCAUAUUUCAGUGCAGGUAAUCAAGUUUCAUUUUGAUUCAGUGUGUUAAUGCACUUCCCUGUGCAGUCUUUACUUUGUGCUUGAACAAUUGUUCCACCCAGAAGUUUGAACAUGAGAUGACACAAAAGGACGUCUCAAGUCUAAAUAGCAAAUACCACUGUGGCAAUAGCAUCGUCAAGGCAACGCUAAACACAUUAUGGUCUGGACUAAACUUUUUGGGACUCUAAUAAGUUGUAUAUUUUUUUUCUGGAAAACAUAAUGUUGAUUGGUUGCAAUGUGCAAUAAUACAAACAGAUUUUUUUUUUUUAUCUUUUACAUCAUCCAGUUACAUUUAUAGUGAACAUAAAAUGUAGUAAUUUCACAAUUGCACAAAUGUCACAGUAGAUGUAUCACCAAUUCACAACUUGAUAGUUCUCAGCUGACUUAUUUAUUGUUCUCUGUUUUCCUUCACUUGUACAAAUGUAUAUACUGUAUCUUGUAAAUGUUUAGGACUAGAUGUGAUUGAAAAGGGGGUGUUUAGAUUCAAAACAGUGUAUCUCCUGUUUGAAGCAGAUGUAAAGAAUUGAAUGGUAUAUCUGAUAAAAAACACACACACCGAUGGGAACACGGUCAUGUUUAAUGGCUAUGAUAUUAAAGGUCCCAUAUUGUAAAAAGUGAGAUUUUCAGGUCUUUUACAUUAUUAAGCAGGUUUAAGUGAUAUAUAUAAAUACUAUUAAACUAUCAAAACGCUCAAUAUACAGAGAAAUACACACAGCAGCCUGUAUUUAGAAAUUGCUCGUUUGAAACAAGCCGUUAGGAUUUCUGUCCAUUUGUGAUGUCACAAAUAUACAAUAUUUAGACCAUUACCCGGUUUUAAACGUAAACAUUCUAAAUGUGUCCCAGUUUAUUUCCUGUUGCA